AUGCCUGGAUCUUUAGUUGGAAUUUCAAAUUCUGAACAUCACCCAGAACCAAUAAAAUCAUACUUUGAUCCCAAGUGUUAUAUAAUGGAUUUCGAACAACCACUUAUUAAUGAUAUUGAUACACUACGUGAUGAGAAAAAAGAAAACGGUAAAAGAGGACGGCGACCAGGUAGAAGAUCUUCAGAUAAAUCAGACAUCAAAGCAAAAUUAGAGCGCAGCCGUCAAAGCGCUAGAGAAUGUAGAGCAAGAAAAAAGUUACGUUAUCAAUAUUUAGAAGAACUGGUUUCUGAUAGAGAAAAAGCGGUUUUUGCUCUUCGUAAGGAAUUAGAAAUGUAUAAAACAUGGAGUCAAGAGUUGGAUCUCGGCCAUAUACCAGAAGGAUUACCAACUUUAUUAGAAGAUUUUGGUACAUUAAAGAAAGAAAAAAAUAAUAAUUAAUAUUCUUAUUAAAUUUAAAACUAAUCACUGUAAACA